AUGAGGGCUAUUGAGCGCAUUCAGAACCCGAGAGACUGCCGUAGCGUAGGAUACGACAUUCAUGUAGGGCAUUACGCCGGUCUGGGUUCACAGUUACACGUGGCUGGUAGGAGAAUGCUCGGGGCGAACACACACGGCAGAGUUUUCAUCUUGAACCACGAGACAGAUACUUUGUUAGGUGCUGGCUUUACCGCCAGCCAGACUUUCUGUGAGGAAUCUGGGGUGCAUGGGUUUGAGUGCUACUUCCAGACGCUCAGCAACUGCACAGAAUACGGAUCUAGUGCGGAGGCCGAAAGUGUAGAGAUUUCGGGCCGAAAACUGACCGGGAAUAGGGAUCGUCUGGCACCCCUUAAGGACCACACAGACUUUCAGGGCAUCACCAGCAACACAAAAGAGAGCGUCCGCUUGCAACGAGCCUACGCAACCGAAUACAUGCUCAGGCCCAACACACGCUUUCAACAUAAACUAGAGCUCAUGUAUUCGCAAGUCUUUGAUGCUGGCGUUGUACCUCCUAAGCUGAUCUCAGUGAACAUCCGCUGGGGUGACAAGUGGAGCGAGAUGUUGCUCAAUCCAAUCGAAAGGUAUGUAGGUACCGUCGCUGACCUUGUGCGUCUACACUACAACAAAGACGAAGCCGUGAUAGUAUUCUUACAGACCUGGGAGCAAGACGCUCACGAUCACUUUCACAGGCUUUCCCCGAAAGCCUGGGAUGUUCGGUCCUUUGCGUUCGAUCGCAGCUUAAACCCCCAUGACACAGAGGGCGCCCGUAGCCCUAACUCAACAACCAUCUCACUGUGUUCUAUGUACAUUGCGGCUGAUGCCAUGUUCCAUGUCGGCACCCGGGACUCGAAUUGGGACCGGCUCAUUGAUGAGUUGAGGAUAACAAGGGGGUUUCACCGACCAAGCAGUCUCAUGGUGGAUCUGAGCGAAUCGGGCGGAGAUAUGCGAGACAACCCUUAA